AUGUACAAGAUGAACAUCUGCAACAGGCCCUCUAACAAGACAGCCCCUGAGAAGAAUGUGUGGACAGCACCUGCACAGGCCAGUGGACCCUCCCUGGAGCUGCAGGGCCAGCGGUCCCGCCGGAAUGGGUGGAGCUGGCCCCCUCACCCGCUCCAGAUUGUGGCCUGGCUGCUGUACCUCUUCUUUGCUGUGAUUGGCUUUGGGGUCCUUGUUCCCCUCCUGCCUCACCACUGGGUGCCUGCUGGCUAUACUUGCAUGGGCGCCAUCUUUGCUGGUCACCUCGUGGUGCACCUGACUGCUGUUUCCAUCGACCCAGCAGAUGCCAAUGUGCGGGACAAGAGCUAUGCUGGGCCCCUGCCCAUCUUCAACCGCAGCCAACAUGCACACGUCAUUGAAGACCUGCACUGCAACUUGUGCGACGUGGAUGUCAUUCCCAGAGGAGGAAGAGUCCAAUGCUCAGAAAGGCUGAGUGGCCUGAGGAGUGCUCGUUCCAAGCACUGCAGCGCCUGCAACAAAUGCGUGUGCGGCUUCGACCAUCACUGCAAGUGGCUCAACAACUGCGUGGGCGAGAGGAACUACCGGCUCUUUCUACACAGUGUGGCAUCUGCCUUACUGGGCGUCCUGCUCCUCGUGCUGGUGGCCACUUAUGUCUUUGUGGAGUUCUUUGUCAACCCCAUGCAGCUACGUACCAACCGCCACUUUGAAGUCUUGAAGAAUCACACAGAUGUGUGGUUCGUGUUCCUGCCUGCUGCCCCUGUGGAGACACAGGCUCCUGCCAUCCUGGCUCUGGCUGCCCUUCUCAUCCUUCUGGGCCUGCUCUCCACAGCCCUGCUCGGCCACCUGCUCUGCUUCCACAUUUAUCUCAUGUGGCACAAGCUCACCACCUAUGAAUACAUCGUGCAGCAUCGUCCGCCCCAGGAGACAAAGGGGGCCCACAGGGAGCUUGAGUCAUGUCCCCCCAGGAUGCGGCCCAUUCAGGAGAUGGAGUUCUACAUGCGGACCUUCAGCCAUGUGCGCCCAGAGCCCCCUGGCCAGGCCAGGCCUGCCUCAGUGAAUGCCAACCCCUCCCGGUUCCCUGCCACCCGCGGCCACGUGGAGCCUCCACCGCCCUCCUCCCCAGAGACUCUCGCUCUGCCCCCCCGGAUCCGACCCCAGAAAAAAAGGAAGCGGCGCAUGUAUAAGGAACGGACCUCCAGAACCUUGGACCGGGAGCCCCCGUUGCCCAGGCUGCCGGGGCCGCGGACCCCCGGCCGCCGCUCUAGCUCGUCGUCGGAUUCCGCUGACGCCAGCCCUGCAGGCGCCUACCACUCGGCGUCAGCCGAGCCCAUGGACGAGAUUCCAGUGGCUCAGACGCGCCUAGGCAGCGCCGGGCUGGCGCUGCAGGGGCGUGCGCCGGCCGUUUUUGUAAGCCCGAGUAGCGGCGAGCCCGGUGCGCGGGGCGGCCCGGAGGCCGGUCCCGCUUAG